CGCGCCUCUCGUCGCGAGCAGACGUGCCUAAUUGUUCCGGCCGGUCUCUAUGCCGAUCACGACGAGUGAACGCAACCUUUGAAGCUCGCGUAAAAACAAAUUGAACCUCAGUAUGAUGCGACUGGGAAGGUGCAUCGCCUUCUUGGCUGCUGCAGCGUUUCUUCUGCCGUUCACCAUACUGCUGAUGGUAGCAGACCAGCAGUACAACCUGACUUAUAAUUCCAAGAGGGUGUUCUAUCAAGAGAGUGACUUCUAUAAAAUAAACGGGACAUAUUAUGCGCCCGCUUUCACGAUAACAACACCCACUUUGUUAAAACAGUACAUGUACGAAAAUGGCACAAACGACGACGGUUUAUUAAGCCGCGAGCGUUUCAUCGAAGUCAAUCAACGGAUGGAGGCUCGAAAGGAGUACCUGAGAUCGCAGUGUUCAAAACUUGGCCUCGACGAUUCGAGCCACAAGGCCUAUGCGUGGGAGUACCUUAUUAACAGACAGUACCAUGUCAUAUGGUGCAACAUUUUCAAGGCUGCUUCUACAUCAUGGAUGUACAACUUCAAUCUCAUGGCGAAUUACACAGCGGCGUUCCUUGAUAAAACAAAAGAUGUGCCACUAGAACUUGCGAGAAAGAAAUAUGCAAGGCCAACGGUAGAAAUGAUCAAGAAAGCCCAACUCGACUCUAUAUCUUUUUUAAUUGUACGACAUCCGUUAGAACGACUAGCAUCAGCGUAUAAUGAUAAGAUUGUCCACGCUUGGCCUAUGUCUUUUCAUGACAAAAUGGGAUCUAGAAUUGUUAAGAAAUAUAGAAAGCAGGUAAACGGCAGACCUUCACCUCCAGACCCGAAGUACCCACUCUUCGAGGAGUUUGUCAAGUAUGUCCUGGAUGAAGCCAAGUCAAAAAAACCAUUGGACAUGCAUUGGACACCGUACAACGAAUUUUGUACCCCGUGCAAGUUUAACUUCGAUGUUAUUCUCAAGUUUGAGACUUUAGACGAAGACCAACGAUAUCUGAUCCAGUUAGCACACCUUCAGGAUGUGGUAAAACCUGAAUGGAAGAACAGCGGGAAGGGCAAAGACACAAUGCAUAACAUCAAUCAUCUGUACGCAAGACUCUCGGGGCCGCAGUUGGAUGGCCUUUUUGACUUGUACAGAUAUGACUUUACGCUCUUCAAUUACACCAUGGACAGUUACUACGAGCUACUAACCAGUGGUGAAACCGAAUGAGCUCUCUAUUUUUGCUCGUGUUUGUCUACGCUAAACCGGAUUUCUCCGGUCACAACCGGAUUGUUGCGGACGUAAGAGUCAAUUUGGGUGGGUUGUUUACUUUUUAUACGGAGUGAUUUACGGACACUGCAUGUAAAUGUGUUUCUAUUAUGAAAAGAACAUCCUAGUGGAUAAUAUAUAAUAUCGAAAAUGUAAACAUGAACAAUAUUUACCCAACUUUGGUAAAGACAAACAAUUUUGGCUCAGCGCCUAACCAGUUUCAGCACAAGAGUUAGCAAUCAGAAAGCGAGGAAGGUUAAUCAAUAUAGAAUAAUUUAUCAAUGUUGCCAUUGAUGACUGAUGACUGGAGUGAUCGUUAAACCUAAUGAUUGAUGUGAGAUAUAUCGAUUGAUUGGGAAUACACGGACGGCACCCUUAACGUCAAUUCACAAUAUUAUCAUCUAACGAGCGGAAACAUCGUAUCUAUCGAAUGAUUUCGAUUAGGAAACUUCAUUAGUAUGGAACUUUAUAAAAGACC